AUGGUGGAACCCGAGACCCUGGCCCUCCUGGAGCUGGGGACGCCUGACCCGGAGCCCUCCAAGAAGCGGCCUUCCCACCCCCUGCCCCAGCCCUCGGCGGCAUCCCCCGCCCCCAAUGGCUCACUGGACGGGGAAGGGGUGAACGGCGCAGGGGAGGGGGAUGCGACCAGCGAGGCGGCCACCCUGCCCUGGAGCCCCCGCUCCCCGUCGACCCCUCAGCCCAGCGCGCCCCUGGCCGACCCCUCUGAACCGCUGACCCUGCCCGGGUCCCGGGCCGCGGUGCCCAUCGACCCACAGUGUGUGGAGCUGUGUCCGGCCCCGCCACGGCCUCCCGCCGACCUCAUCGUCCGCUACGAGAGCGAGACGGGCCGCCCCCCGGACCCUCCCCACCCGGCCGUGGUGGGGUCCCCCGGUCGCAAGUGGGAGGCCGCGACCGGGGGGUCCCCAGGCCGCAAGUGGGAGGCCGCGACCGGGGGGUCACCGGGCCGCAAGUGGGAGGCCGCGGCGGGAGGGUCCCCGGGCCGCAAGUGGGAGGCCGCGACGGCAGGGCCCUCCUGCCGCAAGUGGGAGGUGGCGGCGGCGGGGCGGGAGCGGGUAGGGUGGUCCCGGUGCCCGGUGGGGUGCCGGGGCGGUGGGCGCGGCGAGCGGGACGGCUGGAGGGCGGUGGCGUCCAUGGGGGCCGCCCUGGUGCUGUUCCCCUGCCUACUGUACGGCGCCUUCACUCUCCUGCCCUUCGACGCCCCGCGCCUGCCCACUCUUGCCUCCCGCCUCGUCUACACCCUGCGCUGCGGCGUCUUCGCCACCUUUCCCAUAGUGCUGGGGCUGCUGGUACACGGCGUGUCCCUGCUGUGCUUCGGCUCCCCGCGGCCGUUCGCCGCCCCGCGGCCGGAGGUGGAACUGCACCGCCGCUACGUGGGUCAGUCGGUCCAGCUCUUCGUCCUCUACUUCUUCAACCUGGCCGUGCUGGCCACCCACCUGCCCCAGGACCGCCUCAAGCUGCUCCCGCUGCUCGCCGGCCUCUUCGCCAUCUCCCGGCUGGUGUACUGGCUGACCUUCGCCAUGGGCCGUUCUUUCCGCGGCUUUGGGUUCGGGCUGACGUUCCUGCCGCUGCUGGCCAUGCUGGGGUGGAACCUGUACCACAUGUUCCUAGUGGAGCCGGAGCGCCUCUUCACCCCCGCCGACCCCUCCGACCUCACCCGGGCCGGCCCCCGGCCCUGGGGCUGACGCCCCCCGCCUCGACCUCCCACCUCCGUCUCCCUCUGGACGCUGGGCCUUGGAGGGGGCCGGGGACGAUGUGACCCCGGGGCAGGAGGCCCCCAAUCUUCAGCGACCCCGGGGACUGUUACCAUAUCGUACGAAGAUAGGUGGGCCCCUUCCCCGGAGGGGGCCCGGAAGCCGUCCUGCUGCCCCUCCCACGCACUGACCCCCAAGGGCGAGCCGCGCCCACCCUACUACUGCUUCUGGGCCAUCGAUCUUAUUUAUUGAGCGCUUACUUUGUGCAGAGCACUGAACCGAGCACUUGGGAGAGUAGAACAGAGUUGGUAGAUGCAUUUCCAGUGAGCUGGCACUUCUGGGCCCGGUGCUUCAAGUCCGGGGGUGGGGGUGGGUUGGAGUUCUAUAGAUCUAUAAAUCGC